AAGGCGGGACUCUGAGUACGGAAGCUGCCCCGAAACAGGAGGAGAGAGGGAAAGACCCGGUGAAAGGGCAAGAGGCAGGUUCCCUCGACCCCGGAACCCCUGUUCCCAGGCUAUGACCCCCAGUGCCCUGUAGAUCUGGCGGGCCCCCAGUGCUUGCGACCCCUAUUUUGGGGUCUGGGUGGCUACUGGAGGGCCUUGCGGAGGGGCAGAGAAGGCAGGACCAUGGCAUCUAGGGCCUCUGAACCUCCCCCAGGGCGCAGCGUGACGGCGGGCAUCAUCAUUGUUGGAGAUGAGAUCCUCAAGGUGUGUCUGGGACAGAAGAGGGGGGAGGGUGCAGCGUUCUCCUAACACGUUCUGUUAAGGGAGGGUGAACCAGGGUGGGAGCCCCCCUUGCUACCGUAGGGUCCUGGAGUGAGUCCAGUAUAUUGCAGGAAGAGUGACCUUCAUUUAUUCAAUUACUCUGCUGAAAAACUUGUAGCAAAGUCCCUAUAAUUAGCCAUGCUGUGUGGGAGGGGAGGAGAGGCUUUAACAGCAAUGAUGAGGAGGAAUUCCGGGUGUGGCACAACGGGGAUAGGCGGCUGCUUCUCUGGAGCGCUGGGCCACAGGUUCCAGUCCUGGCUGGCAUAGUGGGAUACAGUGGGUUAAGGAUCCAGAAGUGCCGCAGCUGGACCAUAGGUCACAACUGCUGCUCAGAUCUGAUCCCUGGCCUGAGAACUCCAUAUGCAGUGGGGUGGUGGGAAAAAAAAAAAUGACAAGGAGUCCCAUGUAUACAGGAGGUAUUAUUUCAGAGUUAUAGCCAGCCUAACUGGAAAAUGAUCCGAGGCAUUCAGCAGAGUAGCUAAGUGGGAUGGAAGGAAAGUACCAGAAGGGAGAAAUCCCUUCUGAAUGAUCAAGGAAGUCUCAUGAGAGGUCACGGUGAGCAUCAGGUUCACAGUAGUACUAUUACGUGCUUACUAGGGCCUGGCAGCGUGCUUAUUACAUGGCCUGUGUGGUUUUACUGAUCCUCACAACAACCCCAUGACGUGGGUAUUUUUACUGUCAAUAUCAAUGAAUAGAUUAUGAGAAUAAGGCUCAGAGUUGAGAGACUCACCCAUGUGGAACAGCAGCUAAAAAGUGGUAGAUGGGAUUCCAACCCGAUUCUCACUCCAGAGUCACCCUUAACCGCUAAACUCUGUGGAGAAGUAGAAGGAGAUGGAGCUGGAAAGGAAGAGUGCAUACACACCAUAGACAGGCGGCCUCGAAUAUUCUGCAGAGGUAUUUGAACUUUAUUCUGUACAGGGUUGGAAACAACAAAUGGCUUUUGAGCCAAGAGUGAUGCAAUCACAGUGACACGUUAGGAAGGUUAUUCGGGACGCAUGGGGCAGGGCGCUGUGGCUGGAGGCCGGGAGCCUGGCCAGGGGUCUGUCGCCACUGUCCAGGUGAAAGGUGCCAAGGACCUGUUUGGUGGCAGGAGGGACAAGAGAAGAGAGCAGAUGGAGAGACACAUUUCAGAAGUAGAGUUGACAGCAUGAAGGGGCUGACUGGCUGUGGACAGUAUCUGGGGAUGCCAUUGACCAAGGUGACAACAGCCUGGGUUGGGGGAAGGAUGCCCAGGAAGCACUUGGAACCAGGAGACCGAAACUGUCAGAGUUGCUGAGGAAGUGGAAGAGCUGUCCAUGUACGAUUGAUGAUUGAAUCCAGAAGCAUAGAUGAGGUCAAGGUCAAAGGACAGAGAUGGAAGCCCAAGGUGGUUCACAUCAUCCCUGACUCCACAUGGAUCUUGCCACUCUUGUGCCCAGUCAGGGCUGGUGUCCCCCCAAGAGCAGAGGGCCCCACCCCCAGGCACAUGCAGCCUCCUUCCUUCCCCCUCUGCCCUUCAUCCCCACAGCACUGACACACUCGUCUUCCCCACCCCCCAUCUCCCAGGGACACACUCAGGACACCAACACCUACUUUCUGUGCCGGACGCUGCGCUCCCUGGGGGUCCAGGUGUGCCGAGUCUCCGUUGUGCCCGACGAGGUAGCCACCAUUGCAGCUGAGGUCACGUCUUUCUCCAGCCGCUUCACCCACGUCCUCACAGCAGGGGGCAUCGGCCCCACCCAUGAUGAUGUGACCUUUGAGGCAGUAGCACAGGCCUUUGGGGACGAGCUCAAGCCCCACCCUGAGCUGGAAGCGGCCAUCCGAGGCCUAGGAGGGGAAGGCUGGGAGAAGCUGUCGCGGGUGCCCUCCUCUGCCCGCCUGCAUUAUGGCACAGACCCUCGCACAGGCCGUCCCUUCAGGUUCCCACUGGUCUCUGUCCGAAACGUCUACCUCUUCCCCGGAAUUCCGGAGCUGCUGCGGCGGGUGCUGGAGGGGCUCAAGGGACUGUUCCAAAACACGGCUGUUCAGUUCCACUUGCGGGAGCUGUAUGUGGCAGCUGACGAGGCCUCGAUUGCCCCCAUCCUGGCUGAGGCCCAGGCCCACUUUGGGCGCAGGCUUGGCCUGGGUUCCUACCCUGACUGGGGCAGCAACUACUAUCAGGUGAAGCUGACACUGGACUCGGAGGAAGAAGGGCCCCUGGAGGAAUGCCUGGCCUACCUAACUGCCCGCCUGCCUCAGGGAUCGCUGGUCCCCUAUGUCCCCAACGCCGUGGAGCAGGCCAGUGAGGCUGUGUACAAACUCACUGAGUCAGGGUCUUCUCUGGGGCGAAAGGUGGCGGGCGCCCUACAGAUCAUUGAGACUGCCCUGGCUCGGUACAGCCUCACCCAGCUCUGUGUGGGCUUCAACGGAGGCAAGGACUGCACCGCCCUCCUGCACCUCUUCCACGCCGCUGUGCAGAGGAAACACCCUGACGCUCGAGAGCCCCUCCAGAUUCUCUAUAUCCGCAGCAUCUCCCCUUUCCCCGAGCUGGAGCAGUUUCUACAGGACACCAUCAAGAGGUACAAUCUACAGGUGCUGGAGGCUGAGGGUGACAUGAAGCAGGCCCUGAGCGAGCUGCAGGCACGGCACCCCCAGCUGGAGGCCGUCCUGAUGGGCACGCGGCGCACGGACCCCUAUUCCUGCAGCCUCUGCCCCUUCAGCCCCACCGACCCAGGCUGGCCUUCGUUCAUGCGCAUCAACCCGCUGCUGGACUGGACCUACAGAGACAUCUGGGACUUUCUGAGGCAGCUGUUUGUCCCGUACUGUAUCCUAUAUGACCGAGGCUACACAUCACUGGGCAGCCGGGAGAACACCGUGCGGAACCCAGCCCUGAAGUGCCUGAGCCCCGGAGGACAGGCCACCUACCGCCCGGCCUACCUGCUGGAGAACGAAGACGAGGAGCGGAACUCGCGCACGUGACCUCCCACCGCUGCCCCUUCCAGGCGGCAGGGAAGGCAGCUGUCCUGGGGUGUAACCUCUGUCUGGGGUGUCAAUAAACCGUCUCUCCUAUGCCUCUUG